AUUGGAGAAAUUUCGACAAAGAACGCAUAUGCCAACACAAUACUCAAAGAGUAAUAUGGAAUACAGUGAUCAGUAGAUGAUCUAUUUAAUAUGGUCCCCAAGCUGAGAAUUUUUUAAGGAACUCAGGAAUUGGAAGUGAGAGUAAAUAAAACCACAAAAGAUAAACCCAAGCCAUGCAAGAGGUCUGCAGCACCCUGGACUCGACCCCGAUGGGCACGCAAAUAAAAUCGGAAUCGCCUCUGAAUCCGCUGCAGGUGCAAACUGGCCAGACGUCCCUGCCAGUGGGUGGUUGCGGUGGUGCUGGCGUCGUGGGUGGUGUGGGAGUGGGAGUCGGUCAGCCCGGUAUCGGCCAGCAGGGGGCGCCACCGGUGCCGGCGGUACUGAUGGUCAACAAGAUGACCCCGAACUGUGAUAAACGGACCGCGGACACGGCCUACUGGAUGGCAGCCUCCGAGGGCGGAUUCAUCAAUUCGCAGCCUUCGAUGGCCGAGUUCCUCAACCACCUGAGUCCGGAGAGUCCCAAAAUCGGAACACCUGUUGGAUCCGGCGCCAUCGGAGGAGUGGGCGUCAACGUUAAUGUCAAUGUAGGGGUCGGAGUCGGAUAUCCGGUUGGCGUUGUCCCACAAACGCCGGAUGGAAUGGACUCGGUGCCGGAGUAUCCCUGGAUGAAGGAGAAGAAGACAUCCCGCAAGAGCACCAACAACAACAAUCAGGGUGAUAACUCUAUAACUGAAUUCGUUCCAGAAAACGGCCUGCCCCGACGACUCCGCACCGCGUACACCAAUACCCAGCUGCUGGAGCUGGAGAAGGAAUUCCAUUUCAAUAAAUAUUUAUGCCGCCCAAGGAGGAUCGAGAUAGCAGCCAGCCUGGACCUAACGGAGCGACAGGUAAAAGUUUGGUUCCAAAACCGCCGCAUGAAGCACAAGAGGCAAACGCUCUCGAAAACGGACGACGAGGACAACAAGGACAGCCUCAAAGGUGACGAUGAUCAGUCCGAUAGUAACUCCAAUUCGAAGAAAUCGUGUCAAGGCUGCGAACUGCCCUCCGACGAUAUACCCGAUUCCACGUCCAAUUCUCGGGGACACAACAACAAUACGCCGAGCGCCACCAACAACAACCCGAGUGCUGGAAGCCUAACACCCAACUCGUCCUUGGAAACGGGCAUCUCCUCGAACCUGAUGGGCAGCACCACCGUAUCCGCAUCGAAUGUGAUCAGCGCCGACUCCAGUGUGGCAUCCAGUGUCAGCCUGGACGAGGACAUCGAGGAGAGCAGUCCCAUCAAGGUGAAGAAGAAAGACGAUGGACAGGUCAUCAAAAAGGAGGCGGUGUCCACCUCGUCGAAGGCCUCGCCCUUUGGCUACGAGAACUCCACGCCCAGUCUGGUCAGCUUUCGACGGGACUCGGAUGCCGCCGCCGUGGGAAAUGCACCCGCCGGCAAGGCGGGAAAGAAGCGCUUUCAGAGUGCCGCCAAUGCCAUUGCCACGCCCACGCCUCUGACGGACAGCAACAGUGGACACGGAAAUGGAAAUGGAAAUGGGGGUGGUGGUGGCGGCCCAGCUGGCGGCUACUUUCCAGGCUACUAUCCUAGUCCCAAGCAGCAGCAGCAAAUGCAGCAGCAGCAGAUGCACCCGCAACAGCAGCAGCAGUCGCAGGACUAUUACGGCAAAUACGACAUCGAGUUUGCCGAUGGACAGCGAAAGCAGCAGGAGUAUCUGAGUCCCAAACCAAAUGCGGCCAACUUCCACCAAAACAGUCAUCAGCAGCAGCAGGGCGAUCAGUUCUACUACAACUACAACAACGACACCAACGGCGGCGCGUACCUGAGCCACCAGCAGCAGCACCACCAUCAACAGCACCACCAGCAGCAGCAGCAACACCACCAAAGCCACAGCCAUGUAGCCGAUUUUGAACCGCCCGUCAACGGACCCGGCAACUUCAACAACGGCGCCUACUACGACAACAUGAGUUUUCAACAACAGGCGCAGCAGCAGCACCAGUCGGUGGUGUUUCAUCAGCAGCCCCAUCAGCAAGCAGCGAUCAAUCACCAGCACAUGCAUCACCUGGGCCCCGGGGAGACAUAUAGUGCUCUAGGCCUGCAGAUGGAGAACUGCGAGGGCUACAACAACUUCGGGGGCGCCGGCAGCGGGGGUGGCUACUACGAGGCGGGCCAACAGCCCCCCGGACCCGCCGCCCAUGGCCACCACCCCCAUCACCACGUGCAGGUGCCGGCGCAGGCGCACGCCCACAUCCAUGCCCACCACAAUGCUGCGUCGAUUCCCGGAGGAGUGGGGGUGGGGGUGGGAGUCGGACCUCCGCCAUCGCACAUCCACGGAUUCGCCCUCAACGGGGGCCCCACUGGUCAGGGCCAGGGAUUCGUGAAUAAUGGCAGCACUGCGGCCGGGGCGGCUGCGAUCGGUGGACUGGAGAACUCGAAUAGCUCCGACUUCAACUUCCUGAGCAACCUGGCCAACGACUUUGCGCCGGAGUACUACCAACUCAGUUAGUUCGUGUAGGCGGAGAGCCAGAAGAAUGUGUAAAUACGUCUUAGCCUAAUUCGCCGCGUGGACGUCAGUCUUGUAAUUCUAUACAGUGUCGUAGCCUCCUAAGCACUUUGUCCGUAGCACAUAUCUGUAAAUAAUAAGUUAAAGAUCGAAAUCUAAACAGGAGUUCUAUUCCACAUUUUUAGGCUAAACAAAUCGAAAAGGUCUUGCUUUCCUUUUGGCUCCAAGUCAAAAAGAAGGUCUAUCUUGAAAAUUCCAUUUACUAUAGAAAUUAAAAAGAAGCCGAAAUUGUAAAUAGUUAGAUAAUUUCAAAAGCUUACACAACUGCUAAUCAAUGAUGAAUUAACUUUGAUGAACUGUGUUUUGUAAAUAUCCAGAAUAGCUUGAAUCAAAACGUAAAAAGAAACUGUCAUUAAAUCUAAUAACUAGAGGUAACUAUUUGGGAUCGCUACCGAUUCAAGAUUCAAAUUUUGGUUUAUGUAGAAUCUUAAAGCACUCUCAAUUAUUUCAAUGUUUGUCAUGUUUGUAUGUUGCUCUAAAUUUUUCCAUAUUAGUAAACAAAUAUAUAUUAUAAAUAUGAAU